AUGACUAUAUCCGAGUGUGUCCUGGAUGAACUUUUGUCGAAAACAGGUGGUUUGGUCAGUCGAUCUGGCGAAGGUGGAAAGAGAGAAAGCUACCGUCCUACCCUGUCUCGUUCUCCAUACUUCUCCGACGAUAUUGCCUCAAGUGUCGACCAUCACCUUCUCCUGGCAUUGUCGUCCGAUAACCGCUGGAGACCAUGCAGCCCGGCAGAGCUUCUCUCGCUCUGCAACAUGACAUUCCACAGACGGUGUGCAUACUUCUUCCUGGACCUCUUCUCAAUUUCCGCACUCAUCGCUCUGGCCAUCGAAAUUGUCCUCCCAUGGAUGCUGAAGGCGAACGAUAAGUGCUAUGGCAUUGUAUACAACUGCGACAAAUGUCAGAAGAAGGAAUUCCUCAUAUCAUUGGUCGCUGCAAGCAUAGCUGGCUGUAUCAUCGCAAUCAUGACGGUGUUUGCGGUGGUACUGAGUUUUGGCAGUUGCCGCAGCUCUUCCUCCUGUUCACACUCCAUGUUUCGUUUCACUUUGGCCUACAUCUUGCUCGACGUCGUGGCACUGAUCUCCAACAUUGUCGCAAUGGCACUGUGGGUUAAAAUGGAUGAAACGAAGAGCUUUGGACCUUCAUUCUGGGUGGGUUGGGCUGCCAAUGGAAUGCUGCUGAUCCUUCUUGUUAUACUGGUCACCCUCCGAACUCGUGGAGGGAGCGGUGAUGGCAGCGGAGAUUACAACUCGCAGACGUCCGCUGAUCAACCGCUAUUUCGAUCGCUCUACUUCAUGGUGUCCACCACAGUUUUCCACAACCGCAGCUAA